ACUGAGGUGAGCAAAUCAAACUGACCACUGUAUUUUUGUUUUUGGUUUUCACCCAAGGUAAUUAAGGCAAACUGUAUGUCUAGAAAUAGAGCAAUCUCUUCUUCUCAGAACUCAUGUUCUAGUAACCCAUGCCUUCACAAUGAGACUUGUCUAAAUGGAUUUACAGCCACUGGAUACUUCUGCGAAUGUCAAGAUGGUUACAGUGGGGAACAAUGCGAAAAAGAUAUCGAUGAGUGCGUCAGCGGUGUACACGACUGCCAUAGUUCAGCUUCAUGUACAAACACUGUAGGGUCCUACAAAUGUUCGUGUGAUCAGCCUUACAUAGGAGAUGGAAAAACGUGCAAAAUGACUUCAGAAUGUCAAAACUACAAACGUUUGACGAGUGGUGACAGAAAGGUGACCUACUCCACUGUGAAGUACAAAUGUGACAGUUCACUUGGUCCUAACUGGUACCGUUUCCAAGGAAGUGCGGGAACAAAAAUGCCCACUUUAUGUCCAAAAUCAAGGAGGUGUAACACUGCUCAAACCGGCUGGUUAAGUGGUGGACAUCCUAAAGUGGCUGACGGCAAAGUAAUCAGGAAAGUCUGCUUUCACUGGAAUUCAAACUGUUGUAACCUGCACACCAACAUUCAAGUGAGAAACUGUGGCUCUUUCUAUGUUUACUUCUUAAGUGGUACACCAGGCUGUAACUUACGCUACUGUGGCAGUAAUUAACUCAACACUGAUCAUGACUUCAACCUUUAUUACUGUGGCACUGUCUAACGAAAGAAAAUCAUAAUCACAAUGAGUGAACCUAAACUUUGAGUUCAAACGCUAAUUUGUAAUCACUUUUUUUAUAUUGAGCGGGAUUACUCUAAUCAAUUAGAAUAGUACUUCAAAUGACAUUCGAAAGAAAAUAGAAUUGCACAUAUACUAGCUUCUGUUUCUUACAUCGUAUUAGUGGUGUGCAAAGGCUUUAAAGAGAUAACGUCAGUCCGAGAUUCUCGCGAAUGAACUGAGCGUAAAAGACCAAGGUCCGAUGGUCUCUUAGUUCGAUCCCAAGUAAUUUUGGUAUACAAUAAACUUAUUACACGAGUGAAAUAUUAAAAAAAUUUCCACGAUCAUGGACUGUAACGAAACAGUCAAUUUAAUUUGCGCAAUUCUGAUUGAAAACCGACUUAGUCAAUAAUCAGCCUCGAGUAACGUCAUGACGUUUGCACAAACUGAAAACGGUAAGGAAAGUCAAAAGAGCAACGGACUUUCGCAUCUACAGUACUUACGUUAAUUUAAAAAAACACUUCUCUGGAGUGAUGACGCGGUAUCAUUUGGGACAACGUCCAAUCCAAUACUUGAAAAACGCUUGAAGGGGCAGAAGAUCAAUAAGAUUGAUUAACCUCUAGACUACGUUACGUUAAGGUAAUAUAUGAAAUGGUUAUAACACAGUUAUCCCGGCAGGGAAACUAUGAAAUUUAUUAAUAAAGUAGCAAUGGCGAUAAUAGUUAAAAACUAUAGCAAUAUAUUCGUUAAAGAGCACAAACGGCGACGAUUUUAGAAAACAAUUGAAACGGAAGAGGAAUUUUAA